CCUCGUGGCCCCUGUGCGGGUAGACGCUGUAGCAGCGCUGCUUGAAGUGCGUCCUGAGAGUGGUCCAGGUUCAGGACGGUUGACAGAGCGGUAACAAGUCUGAAAUGCAACUGAAGUAGGAGAGCUACAGUAGAAUCCGGGUCCAUCUCAUCCCUGUACCCAGAAAACGAGAGUGAAGAGCAAAUCGUCGAGAUUUGAACCUUGUGGCUUUCCGUAUCGUGGGGCAUCUUAAGAUUCCCGCGUUUUUGUGUGUGCGUGUUAGAGAGCUCUGCGCAGGCGCACGAGGCUGAGGCAGCGGCUAUGGACGCGACCAUGGGCGACGGGUCCGGUACUGAGGAGGCCUGCCGGAUCAUGGAAUCUAAAGAAGAAUUUGUUAAAGUCAGAAAGAAGGACCUGGAACGGCUGACGACGGAAGUGAUGCAAAUACGGGACUUCUUACCCAGAAUACUAAAUGGGGAGUUACUGGAAAGUUUCCAGAAAUUAAAGAUGGUGGAAAAAAACCUGGAAAGAAAAGAACAAGAAUUAGAGCAACUGAGAUUGGACCGUGAACACUUCAAAGCCCGGCUAGAAACUGCACAGGCAGACAGUGGGAGGGAGAAGAAGGAGAAGUUGGCUCUUCGACAGCAGCUGAAUGAGGCAAAACAGCAGCUCCUCCAGCAAGCAGAGUACUGCACACAAAUGGGAGCUGUCACCUGCACCCUCCUCUGGGGGGUUUCCAGCAGCGAGGAGGUCGUCAAAACCAUUCUAGGAGGAGACAAAGCAUUGAAGUUUUUCAACAUAACUGGCCAGACGAUGGAGAGUUUUGUGAAGUCAUUGGAUGGGGAUGUCAAGGAGGUUGAUUCUGAUGAAAAUCAAUUUGUCUUUGCACUGGCUGGAAUUGUAACAAAUGUUGCCGCCAUUGCGUGUGGUCGUGAAUUCUUGGUGAAUUCCAGCCGGGUGCUCCUGGACACCAUGUUGCAGCUGCUGGGGGACUUAAAGCCUGGCCAGUGCACCAGACUCAAAGUUCUAAUGCUGAUGUCCCUGUAUAAUGUGAGCAUCAAUUCAAAAGGCUUGAAAUACAUCACUGAGAGUCCUGGAUUUAUCCCUUUGCUGUGGUGGCUUUUGAGUGAUCCAGAUGCGGAAGUGUGUCUUCAUACCCUGCGGCUCAUCCAGUCUGUGGUUCUAGAACCAGACGUCUUCUCCAAGGUGGCCUCUGAGCUCCAGAGCUCCUUACCCUUGCAGCGCAUCCUGGCCAUGUCCAAAAGCCGCAACUCCCACCUGCAGUCUGCUGCUCAGGAGCUCCUGGAAGACCUCCGUGCCCUGGACUGUAGUGUUUAGAUGUGCUCUACCACCAGGAGCCUGGUGAAAAUGCCAGUGGCCUGUCCCCUCCCAGGCUUCUAACUCCAUGUUCAAAACUAGAUGUCACUGUAUGUCAUGUGUUAGAGAUUGCAGGCCUUGAGGGACUAGAGAUGGACAUGAUGGGUAAGCAUCCUACCUCUUCCUCCCGGGAAUGCACACUUGUUAGGCAACUGGUUAAUUUUGCCAGAGCAGUGACCAAAAAAAUGUCACCUUUGAACGCAUGGAAACUCUCAAAGUGUUUUCUCAGAGUAGCUUCUUGCUGCCCCGGAGGCUGCCUGCAGCAUGGGAGUUUAGAUCACUAUCCACCAUGGUCAGUGUUUCCCAGAAGCAUUUCUGUGAUGGCCUGUGCUCUUUCCCUGGUAACUGGAACCCUCUGCACAGGCUUACCUCCUUAGCCUUUUGUCACUUACUAUUUCACAUGCAUUGGACAGUCGAUCUCUGCCUUGGUGCUGCUUUUAUUUUUGAAUAAAGCUGAGUCAGUAUCACAUUCUGAAUA